AUGGUGAGUAGCCAGCCAAAGUACGAUCUAAUACGGGAGGUAGGCCGAGGUAGUUACGGUGUUGUGUAUGAAGCAGUCAUCAGAAAGACCUCUGCACGCGUGGCAGUGAAGAAAAUUCGAUGCCAUGCUCCUGAGAAUGUUGAACUAGCCCUGCGAGAGUUCUGGGCCCUAAGCAGUAUCAAGAGCCAACAUCCAAAUGUGAUUCACUUGGAGGAAUGCAUUCUACAAAAAGAUGGGAUGGUGCAAAAGAUGUCCCAUGGCUCUAAUUCUUCCCUCUAUUUACAGCUCGUAGAGACUUCAUUAAAAGGAGAAAUUGCCUUUGAUCCCAGAAGCGCCUAUUACUUGUGGUUUGUAAUGGAUUUUUGUGAUGGAGGAGAUAUGAAUGAGUAUCUGUUGUCCAGGAAACCCAAUCGUAAAACUAACACCAGCUUCAUGCUUCAGCUGAGCAGUGCCCUGGCUUUCUUACAUAAAAAUCAGAUCAUCCAUCGAGAUCUUAAACCUGAUAACAUCUUGAUUUCUCAAAGCAGGUUGGAUACCAGUGACUUGGAACCCACACUAAAAGUGGCUGAUUUCGGUCUAAGUAAAGUGUGUUCAGCCUCUGGGCAGAACCCAGAAGAACCUGUCAGUGUAAACAAGUGUUUCCUUUCCACAGCCUGCGGAACAGAUUUCUACAUGGCUCCUGAAGUCUGGGAGGGACAUUACACAGCCAAAGCUGACAUCUUUGCUCUGGGGAUCAUCAUCUGGGCCAUGCUGGAGAGGAUCACAUUCAUAGACACAGAGACAAAGAAGGAGCUCUUGGGGAGUUACGUGAAACAAGGAGCUGAGAUUGUGCCUGUUGGGGAGGCACUUCUGGAAAAUCCCAAAAUGGAACUUCUUAUUCCUGUGAAGAAAAAGUCUAUGAAUGGGCGAAUGAAACAACUGAUUAAGGAAAUGCUGGCUGCAAACCCUCAGGAUCGUCCAGAUGCUUUUGAACUAGAACUCAGAUUAGUACAAAUUGCAUUUAAAGAUAGCAGCUGGGAAACGUGA